AGAGAGAGAGAGAGAGAGAGAGAGAGAGAGAGAGAGAGAGAGAGAAACAGGGAAAGAGGGGGAUAUACCGUGACACACGGAAGAACCAGAAAGACGGAGAUUCAAACAUUUACUCGCCUUGUCCGGGUGUUAUCAGCCGUCAGCCGCCUUGCACCAGGAGGAGCACACUGACUGUACUUCAGGUGUGAGUUGGGAGUCUAUCUUGUAUCUGGCUGGAUGGACAAGGUAAAAGAAUUACGAGGGAAGUUCAUCCUCCUUUUCAUUAUUACCUUCAUCUUCUUCAUCUGCAUCAGCAUCACGAGAAUACCCCUGACAUACAGGUCGAUCCCAAACCCGAGCGGACCUCCAAAAACUUGCCCCUUUCAGAUCUCUGAGCAGACCAUCACCCCCCUCAACAACACCAAGCACCUCCUGGUGACAGCCUUCAUGGACCAGAGAGUGAAUGGUUUUGAUAUACGCAUCAUUAGCAUAUUUAGGAGAGACUCCAUCCAACCUCUUCACUGUCUUUUCUGCUGUGAGGGCUACUUAUCAAGGACAACAACUCCAGCAACCAUUUCACAACAUUCAGACAACUUUGGCUUUCCCUUUGUCACGACAGAUGUCAUGUGUCAGAUUCCUCAGAACUGCAAUGCUACUCAAGUUAUUCUUCUGACUCAACCAGAGAGUGUGAAAGAACCUAAACAGGUUUGGCUCCCCAUAAGAAACAAAAAGACCAAUGGGAAGGAGGAGGCAAAGUUGCAGUUUAACUUCACAAUCUGCGUCUCUAACCUGUUUGGAGACUACAACAAUGUGCUUCAGUUUGCACAGACCCUGGAGAUGUACAGGUUGCUGGGUGUGGACAGAGUGGUGAUCUAUAACACCAGCUGUGGCCCAGACCUCGACCGCCUGUUGCACAGCUACAGCCAGGAGGGCUUCGUGGAGAUGGUUUCAUGGCCCAUUGACAAGCAUAUGAAUCCAUCUCGCGGCUGGCUCUUCUCAGAGCACGGAGGGGACCUGCACUACUUUGGCCAGCUGACCACGCUUAAUGAGUGUAUUUACAGAUACAUGGACCGGUCCCGUUACGUCCUGUUGAACGACAUAGAUGAGAUUAUAAUGCCGUACCAACACGGCGACCUGAUGUCUCUAAUGAACAGUCUCCAACAGCAGCAUCCAAAUACAGGGGUGUUCCUCAUCGAGAACCAUAUCUUCCCCAAGACACAAUUUGAGCCAAGUGGGAGGUUUCACCUGCCUCAGUGGAACGGGGUGCCAGGGAUUAAUAUUCUGGAGCACAUCUACAGGGAGGAGCCUAACAGAAACAUAUACCAUCCGCACAAGAUGAUCGUUCAGCCAAGGAUGGUGGAGCAGACUUCAGUACACGAAGUAAUCAAGCAUUUUGGACAAGGUUACAAGGUUCCACCAGACAUUUGUCGGAUCAUCCACGUUCGCGUGCCCCUGCAGGGGUCAUUAACGCAGGAGCAGCUCAACAAGGACAAACGGCUCUGGGACUACCAUGAAAAACUGAUUCCCAACGUCGACAAGGUUCUGAAGAGAGUGGGGCUGCUGAAGUCAGGGGGGCAGAGCUGAUGGAUGGGACUGGACAGACACUCAGAUGGACAGAGUUAGUGGAGCAAGAGCCGAGAGCAAGUAAUGUUGGUGCUGAUGGCAUGGACAGUGCAGAACUGAAAGCUGUCCAUUCAAGACCCUUUUGAAGAGCGGUAGUGAAGUAUUGUGUGGUGUGAAUGUGUUUGAUUGGUUAUAACCAUUUGCAAGCCUCCACAUCUUUACCUUCAAGCAGUUGUUUACAAGAUUUAAAAUAAUGGUUCCUCCUCAGCCUCUAGAAGUCACUGAAGGUCAGUGUAUGUUAGUGUGUCAUGCUAACAUUUGCUAAUGAGCAGCUAACCCAAAAUACAGGUGAAGAUGGCAGUAAUAUUAGUUUUCAGUGUAUUUUGUCCUGUGUGUUGUUGUGUGUGUUGAAAUCAAUGAAGGUUAAGGGAUCACCAAAUUUGCUGCAGUUUGUCCUGAGGGGGACACGAAUGUCUGUAGCAAUGUCAUGGAAGUUCAUCCAACCAAUCGGCCGACCGACAUUGGCCCACACUGCUAGCAUGGCAUUUAAAAAAAAAAAAAACAUAAAAAAUAUGUCAGACACUAAUGACUGACUGACCUUUUCAAAUAUAAAUAACUAAUUGAAAUAACGAUCGAUUCUGUGUAUUGUACACAUAAUUAAAUAUUUGUAACUAUGUGUUAUGCUUAAAGGAGGUGUGACUUAGAUUUUGCCAGGCCGAGGAUAAUGACAAAAACAAUGCGGUUUCUUAUCAGCUGGGUGGGUUUUCCACAAAUCAAACAAGGGUGUUAAUGGGUCUUUGUUCAUGUGCACAUGCACCUUUGUGGAGUUUCUCUUUACAGCUAAAUGUGAGAGAAAUCAGUGUGUUCUAAACACCUCAGUCUACUUUUGUUAAUUUGUUGGCUGUUUGUUGAACAUUUUAUAUUUAAAAUCUUAAUUUGUGAUUUAGCUUUUAUAAAUAUAAAUUAAACAUAUAUAACCUUUUAGCAAUUAUCUGACAAAUUUCUGGUUCGCUACUGAUGCUGCUUUUCACGAAGUUCAGACAUUAAUGAGAAGAUUAAGGAAAAAAAAAAAUAAUAAUUUUCCUGUGUUCUCUUUUCACAGGCCCUUUGGAGAACAAAAAAAAAAAGGGCUUGAUCUCAGUCACACAAAAAUGACUGCGCUUCGCUUACUUGAUUAAAAA